AUGAUGCCUACGCAUUUAGUUAAGACCUUAUUGGCGGUUAUUUUCAUCGAUUGGUUUUACAUUGGUAAUGUUCUGGCGGGUCCACCAAUUCUUCGCAAGUUUUUAGAAGAGCAAGAAGAUGUUGACAAAUGUACUCACUAUUAUGAUAUUGAGAAACCUAUUAGUUUGCAAUCAUGUUCCAGUGAAUUUGCCAAAUGUUACCAGAGCGGCUAUGAAGAUAAGUUCUUAUGUGAAGGUUGUUCACUUGCUGACGAUGGUAGUGACAAAGAUUUAAGCUUCAAUAUAGAUUUCGAUUGUUCUUGUACUUGUUGUUGGUAUCAAUAUUUACAAAAUUAUUGUUUUAAAAGACUUUGUAAAGAUGAUGAUGAAUUUGUUCGUCUAUAUAAAUAUACCAAAUCCAUAUGUGAUAAUUCACCAGUUAGAAAAAAUAUCAGACCUUAUAGACCAAAAGAGAGAAAAUCAUUUGGUAAUCCAAGUGACAAAAUUGAGCUUGGUAAAGAUGAAGAUGAAGAGGAUUAUUAUGUUGAAGUUGGCGCACAAGGUGUUGAAUUGUUUGUUUCCAACAAUAAUUCUGUUUAUAGAUCAUUACUUGGACCUGAAAAGGAUAAUUUCUUUAUUGAACUAUCAUUUGUCUUUGAUCUUGAUUCCUUAUCUUUACCUGGUGAUAAUUCUCAAGAACAUCCUAUCAAAAAACCAUUAGAAGAACAGAAGCCGAAAUCUGAUAAAGCUGCUGCACAAGAAGAAAGUUCAACUGAAAAGGAUCUGGAAGACUUUGCAAAUACUUCUCAAGUCAUAGAGGAAGUUGAUACAGUUGCCAGUCCUCAAGAUGAUGAUAAUAUCUUGGAUCAAACGGAGGAUUAUCUCGAAGAUGAUGAAGAUGAUCAAGAUUAUGAAAGUGAUGAGAAUGACGACGAUGAAGAGGAUGAUGAGGAGGAUGAUGAGGAUGAUGAAACAGCUUCCUCAAAUUUAGCAAAAAGAGAAAAACCAAAGCUCACAGAUGAAGAAAUCUUAGAAUCUGUUGGGGCGCUUAAAGAAGAAGGAAGAGAUCUUAGUUUGGGAAAUAUUUAUGAUAUUCUUUUGCUUUAUUCUGUUAACGCUGAUGACUUUUUUAACGUCAUGUCUCAAUCAUUUGGUGAGCAAUAUAAGGAAAAUUUUCUUAUCGCUUUUGAACAAGCAAAACAACAGUUCACUGGAUCACUUCCAGAGGUCGGUGAGCCUGAUAGUAAAUCAUGUUUGGAUGAAUUGUCUUCGCCUGAUAAUCCAUGGGAUUCCCAAGGUCCAUUCACAGAUGCUGUAGCAGGGUGUUAUUUGUUUGUUGCUGAAGUGUAUCUUAAAAUUUGUGAUACUGGGUUUGAAUGUAAAUGCCAAUGUGGUUUAGGUAAUGCAAUGAAAAUCUGCUUAGAAAGUUUUGGUGAUCAUAAAUUUGAUGGUGUUAUUGAAGAAUUCAAUGAAUUUAAUGCAAAAGUUUGUUUGAAGUCCCAACAAACUGAAGAUACAAAAGGUCAAGGUGAAGCUGAAGGUGAAAUUCAACCUAGUGGAAUUAGUAUUAAUAAUUAUGCAUUGAAUGAAGAUGAAAUUGAAAAAAGGGUCAACUUCUUAACACAUAUAGGUGAUGUCGCUAAAAAAUUGGGUAUAUCAGAUGAAGUUGAGGAAGUCAAAAAUGAGUUGAUAUACAAAACCUCAAUUCAAUCACCAUCACUAUCAACUCAAAACCAAUCUCCAAAUGAUUUGGGAGCUCUGGUUGUUCUUGAUAAAUGUGAAAUGGAAAAUAACGAUCUUAAAGAUUAUUUACGUUUCAAUCUUGAUAGUUGUGAUAUUAGAGAUUUAUUUUAUUGCAAAAACCACUAUAAAAAUAACAAGUGCUUAGAAUUUGAGAAGGAUCAAAAUGAUUGUAAUAAUGCCUGUUGUCUUGAAAUCAAAAUGGCUGAAUGUGCAAAAUCUCAUUGUCUGAGUAAAAAACCAGUCAAAGAGUUCAAGAAAAUUGCAAAUUUGAUCUGUACCAAGUAUGCUGAUUCACAUGUUGUUAAUGGAGAAGCGCCAUUCCCAGAAGUUGAAGAAAAUGAUGAGGAGGAAGAGGUACAAGAAGAACAAGGAAAAGAAGAAAGUGGUCAAGUGGAUGAUGAACAGGAUUCUGAUGAAAAAGAGUCUCUGGAAUCUGAAAGGUAUGAGUUGAAAGCUAGAUCACCAAUAGGAGGUGGAGACAAAACGGAUGAGGGUGGUUAUGUUGAAGAUAAUAUUGGUAAAUCAGUUUGCAAAAUUCCUCCAUUUUUACCUGGUUAUGAUACAACAAAAUGUGAUAAGAAAGAAGUCAAGAUGUGUAUCAAGGAUGGUAUAAGAAAUUUAUCUGAAGAUCCUGAACAUUUCUGUCCUUAUUGUGUUAAUAACAACGCAUAUGAUGAAUGCCGCUGUGCUUGUUGUUUUGGUAAAUACUUCAGUAAGGUUUGUUAUGAUCCAAAUUGCAAACUUUUGCAUGAAAAAUUAAGAUACAAGCGUUAUGUUCGUGAUAUUUGCAAAAUUAAACCAGUGAAGUAUUUAUUCACAAGGGAAGAUACUUCAGAAGAUUUAGAACCAAGAAGUACCAAAAACAAAAGCAUUUCAAAUGACAAUCCUGAUGAUCAUACAAAAAAGAAGCAUCGUCUGAAAAAAGCUUCCAAAUCUGAAGAUAAGAGCGCACAACCAGCUGGUAGUGUAAAGAAAACUGAAGAAAAAAAUACUAAACAAGGUAUUAAGGUUCAAGAAUAUAAUGACCAUGAUAAUACUAAAGAUUCAGCAAAAUCAAAGCUAGAGAAGAAUUUAUCAGGUGAUACAAAUAUUCAAGCCGCUGGUGAAAUUGAUAUAUUUUCAGGAUUUGAAGAUUCGCAUGAAGCCGAUCAAGUCUACUUUCAACAGCUGCCUGUCAAUGUUAACCUGGAUAAUCUUCAAAGAAAGAUGAAAAACAAUAUUAGGUAUAGUUCUAGGGUUAAUAAUAGAUACAAGCGUGAAAACUCACAUGAAUUACUUGCUGAAGAAUUUGAAGAUUUUGACGAAGAUGACGAAUCUAACGUUCUUUAUCAUGAAAAGGAUACACUGUCCAAAGUUCGUCGUUCAGUUAGACCAAAGAGAACAAACAUUCUUGGGAAAGCUAGGGCAAAGGCAUUUGCGAAAACUGGAAGUAUGGAUAGCAAGAUUAUAAAGAAAAUAAAUUCAAUCACCGUGGCUGCUGAAGAAAAACCAUCAGAGCAUGGCAAAAGUUUUGGAGUUCCAAAUAAAAAUAAAUUCAAAAAGAAGAUGCCAAAUAAGCCAAAGAAAAUUAAAGGUCAGAAAAAUUAUCUUGUUGAUGGGCCAAAAUUUUUCAAAGAUUUGACUGAAAACAAGCUGGAUUAUGAGAGAGAUGAAAUAGUUUAUCAAGAUGGUAAAAUGAAGUCGUUUGAUUCUAUGGAUUAUACGAGUACAUCUGAUAUUACCGAUAAUGGCUAUAAUACUUCUAGUACUGAUGAGUUGCAAGGAAACAAUACUCGAAACUCUGAAUUGAAAAAAGUUAAAAGUGCAGAAAAAGAUUUCAAAUAUGAAGAUAUAGAAGAUUUUGAAUCUGAAGUAAAGUUCAAAACUUCAGGAAAUGAAGCUCCUAGACCCUCUAAUCCACUAAAACACGUGAAGGAUAAAUCAUCUAAGGGGGUUAAAUUAACCUCAGUAAGACCUAUCGAUACAACAAAGAUUAAAAAAAAAGGCUCACGUCUUCCAAAGUUUUCGAAAGGGAUAGAUGUUUAUCCAAGAGAAAAUCUAUAUAAAAGAAACUAUGAUAUAAAUGCCAUUUAUGAUGAUAUUCUUGAAGAACAUACAUUUGCAAGUUCCCCAAAACCUACAAGUUCAAAGUCAUCAAAAUUCAAAACUAUUACUCGUACAAGAACCAUACCUGCAGCAAGUAAAACAAGUACAAGUACAACAAAGAGUUCUCCCUCGAAAGCUUCUUUAUCAUCAUCCAUACCAUCAACCCAAUCAACAACCACUCCAUCAACAGCUAUUCCAUCAACAACCACUUCAUCAACCAGUAUACGAAAACAGGAUCAAUAUGGUAUGAUUCAAUUUGGUGCUCUAGGCAUAGAUACAGCUGGUGAAACAGAUCAAAAUGGUACAUUCACAACAACUGUUUAUAAAGAUGUUACUAAACAUGUAACAAAAACCAAUUAUAUUACGUUUACUGGUGGAGCCCCAAAUGUCACUACAAUUUAUGAUACAACAACUGAAACUGAAACUGAAACAGUGAAACCUGAACCACCAGCAUCAACUCUUGAACCUGAACCAAAACCUGAGCCUGAACCUGAGCCAAAACCUGAACCUUCCAAAACCAAAGAGUUUCCCAAAGAUAAACCAUCGACUGUCACAUCCAUUAAGACAAGGGUUAGACCAACAACUUUAACUGAAACUGAGUAUGAAACAUAUUCAACCUUGACUACUACAGUUUGGGAGGAUACUUUAACUGAGUAUAUACCUAAAAGAAUUUAUACAAAAUUCAAAGGAACAACUACUGAAUUUGAUACGGUUGAAGUGACUAGUACCUUAACAAAUACCAAAACUAAAACUAUUCCAAAUAUCACAGUUACUGAAUAUGAAGAGUCUGAUAAUACAGUUACUUUUGUUAAAACCAAAAAUCUUACAAUAACUGAAACUGAUUUCGAAGAUAUUACAACGAAAACUAAAACUGCACAAGAAACUGUUACUGAAACUGUUGCUAAUUUAACAACUACUGAAUAUAAAAAGACCCUUUCUGUUACAUCUAUUGAAACUGAAACUGAAGUUGAUGAAAGAGUUAAAACAAAAUGGUAUCCAGAGAAAACUGUUACAGAUUAUGAAGAAGAAGAAACCAUUUGGAAGACAAAAUGGUAUCCAACUACUACAACAACAUCAACAACCACUACUACAACUACUACUUCACCAACCACUACAACUGAAACAACAACUGCUAGUGCAGCAACUACUGCUCCUGCUCCUGCUCUGGCUCGUCCAACGCCUGGUCUGCUGAAAAAAAGAGAUGUUCAAGGUGAUGAUGAAGAAAUUAAUGAAGUUGAUCUUGAUUCUAAAGUUGAUGAUGAUUUAUCUAAAUCUGAAAAAUUAGAAGUUGUUAAUGGGACUGAAAUUGUUAAUAAAACAUCAGAAAAAAAUGCUUCUGCAGAUAAUUAUGGACAAACUCCAGUGAAAUCUGAAGGUUCAAGAAUUGGUCUGGAUAAAUACUUCACCACUACAGGUACAUUAGUUGUUGGUAUUGUUGCAGCUUCUUUUUAUGUUUCUUAUUCUUCAAGAUCAAAAAAUGAAGAUGAAGAUGAUGAUGAGGAUGAGGAUUUCCAGGAUGCUUCUGAUAGAAUUCAAAUUGGCUGA